AUGACUAGGCAAAAGUUGGAGAUCGCCUUCUACGUCCGGCCAUUAUCCGUCUCAUUUGCGGCGCGAUACAAACGGCGUAUUGGAGGCACAAAUUUCGCCGAUAUAAUCGCCCCGGUAAGACAAUGGUUAUCGGGCGAUACCGACCGAGAUAGCGCCGGAUGUCUGAUGGAUGCGGCACGCUCGGGCGAUACCAUCGCCGUCGUGACGGGGUUGCAUCCACGCCGUGCACCAAUUAUUGUUGGAUGCAAAAUAUAUCUAUACUAA